AACUGGACUUUCGGCCUGCGCCGAACUGGUCGUCAGUGUGAAUUUGUUUUCGAUAGUGUAUGACGAUGUUAGGCGUACAAUUUAUUAGUGCGGUCGCACUUUACGGCCUUUUGGCCCUUGUCGAUGUGUCACAAGCCUUUAAAACGGUAUGCUACUACGACGGCAAAGCUUUAUGGAGAAAAGAUGUCGUUAAAGUUGGCGCUGAGGAGUUAAAACCAGCCUUAAGUUAUUGUACGCAUUUAGUGUACGGUUAUGUGGGUAUUGACGAUGACAAAUACAAAGCAAUAUCUUUGGACCCCAAACUGGAUUUGCCUGAAAGCAAAGACGUCAAGGGUGGAAAGGGAAACUUUAAGUCCAUCACGGCUCUGAAGAAAGCUUAUCCAAGCCUUACUAUAUUGCUCUCGGUCGGUGGAAAUGCCGAUAUCGAAGAUCCUGAUAAAUAUCUUAGCGUUCUGGAGACUCCCAAAUCGAGAACCAAGUUCGCAUCCACUAUUUCAGAUAUGGUAAAAGAAAAUGGAUUCGAUGGCUUAGACUUGGCUUGGCAAUUCCCGGUAGUAACCGAGAAAAAGGAAAAACAUACAUGGGGUUCUUUUAUCCACAAAGUAGCCAAAACAGUGGGCAUUACUAGCAAGGAUACCAAGGAAGCCGAGCAUAAAGAGCAGUUCACCGCACUGGUCCGUGAAGUCAAAGGAGUGUUAAACGCUAACAAUUGUCCUUACUUGUCGGUCAGCGUUUUGCCACACGUCAACUCCACCGUGUACUUCGACUUCCCCGGACUACAGAAGUAUGUGGAUCACUUCACGCUGAUGGUGUACGACUUCCGGACCCCAGACCGUGUGCCCAAGCUGGCCGACCAUGCAGCCCCGUUCAAGUUCGUGUACGCCGACCGGCUGGCGUGGCAGAACAUCGAGUCGCAAGUGAACCGCGCCAUCGCCCUGAAGGCCGACCGCAGCAAACUGAUCCUGGGCAUAUCCACGUAUGCCCGCACGUGGAAAAUGGACAAGGACAGCGGCAAGUCCGGUGCGCCGCCCGUGACCGCCGAUGGCCCCGGCGAGGAGGGCACGUACACUAAGACGGAAGGUCUGUUGGCCUACUACGAGAUCUGUCCGCACCUGGUCGAGAGCACCGCAGCCACCACAUCUCUGACCCUAUACAGACGUGUACCAGACCCGAGUAAAAACCUCGGCACUUAUGCUUUCCGCUUGCCCAAGGACGACGUGAAGGGCAUUUGGAUCAGUUUCGAAGAACCGGAAACUGCCAAACAAAAGGCCACGUACGUGAAACAGAAUAGUUUGGGUGGCAUAGCGUUGAUAGAUCUAUCUUUGGACGACGCCAGAGGAAUUUGCGAUUCGGCAAAAUACCCAAUUUUAAAAGCUGUUAGGAACGUGUUGUAAAUUGUAAUGAACCCAAUAUUCCACUUUAUAUAUAUAUAUAUUUUUUUUAAU